AUGACAUCUAGGUUACGCUGUUUCUUUGAUAUCAAAAUUGAUGGCAAUGAUGCUGGUCGUAUUGUCUUUGAACUUUAUAAUGAUAUAUGUCCGCGUACAUGCGAAAAUUUUCGAUGUUUAUGUACAGGAGAAAAAGGUCGUGGUUUAACAUUAUAUAAGAAAUUAUAUUAUAAAGGUUGUCAUUUUCAUCGAGUAGUGAAAAAUUUUAUGAUUCAAUCAGGAGAUUUUACGGAAGAUGAAAAUUUUCAAAUGAAACAUGAUCGACCAUAUCUUCUUUCGAUGGCUAACCGAGGUCCAAACACAAAUGGAUCGCAAUUUUUCAUUACAACAUCUGAAGCAUCACAUCUCGACGAUAAACAUGUAGUUUUUGGUCAUGUUGUAUCCGGACAACCGGUGGUUGAUGCAAUUGAAAAUAUACCAGUUGAUUCUAAUAAUAGUCGACCAUUGAAAGAUGUUAUCAUAUCGCAUUGUGGUCAACUUGAAAUUGUAUCAAAAACUCAUAAGAAAAAGAAACAUAAAAUAUCAACAGGAGAUGAGAGUGGAAAUGAACAAGUUAGUGAAAGUAGUUCAUCAUCUAAUGAUGAAGAUAAAAAAGAAAAAAAAUCUAAACGUAAAAAAAAAGAAAAACAUCAACGAAAGAAAGAAGCAAAACGCUUAGCACAACUUGCUGUUGCAGAAGAAAAUAAACCUGAUGAAUCAACAAAUAAUAUCCUUAAAGAAUCAAGUGAAAUAUCCGGUCUUGAUAUAAUGGGUCUUAAAACAACAAUUGAUCCCGAUGAAAUACCUGAAAUACCUGCUCAUAAAUUUCUAAUGAGACCAAUGUUAAGUGAUAAUAAUAAUAAUAAUGAAGCAUCAAAUACUCGUACGACUAAUUAUCGUUCAUCAAAAAAAAUUGAUUCAAGUGGUCGUCCAGUUAAAGGUCGUGGUUUUAUGCGAUAUACUGGGAAAAGUCGUUCAAGAUCACGUACACCACUACAUUGGCGUUUAGCAGUUGAAGAUCGUAAACGUUUUUCUGACGUAAAUGAAUAUCGCAAACAAAAUACAAAUGAAAAUAUGGAAAAUAAUCAUAAACGUAAACGUAUUGAUGAUGAAAAAAAUGAUAAUAAUAGAGAAGAUCGACAUUCACGUCGACAUGAAAAAGGAAAAGAUGAUGAUCAUCAUCAUCCAACUCAAUCAACAUCAAAACAUAAAAAUCAACGAAAUUCUUCAAGUCCAAAUAUUCAUCGAUCAAUCAGUACUAAACAUAAGGAAAAUGAUGCAUCAAAUAUGACUUUAAAUAGUCCACCACCAUCAGAUCGUCAUUCUCCUCGAGCUUAUUCACCAUUACCAACAAGUGAACAACAUCAAAAGAAAGAUUCAGGAUCUCAUCGUCGUCAUCAAUCUCCAUCAGUGACAGAUGACCGACGUCAAACAAAAAAUUCUCGAUCCUAUCAACAACAAUCAUCACGUCAUCAUCGUCGUUCAAAAACUCCUCCAGCUUCUUCGUUUCGAAUUCAUUCACCGUCACCAGUGGCUGAUCAACAUGAAAAUAAUAAACCUCAAUCACGUCCUCAACAUUCGAAAAGUCCACCACCUCGACCCGUUCGAGUUCGCUCGCCAUCGCCAAAGGUUGAUCAGCGUCAAACGAAAGAUUCUCGAGUACGUCCUCGUCGUUCAAAGACUCCACCACCUUCGUCUGCUCGAGUUCGCUCACCAUCACCCAAGGUUGAUCAACGUCAAGCUAAGGAUUCUCGAACGCGUCCACGUCGUUCAAAGACUCCGCCACUUUCAUCUUCUCGAGUUCGCUCGCCAUCGCCGAAGGUUGAUCAACGUCAAACAAAAGAUUCUCGAGUACGUCCGCGUCGUUCAAAAACGCCAUCGCCUUCAUCUUCACGAGUUCGCUCGCCAUUACCAAAGGUUGAUCAACAUCAUCCAACGAAGGAAUCUCGAGCACGUCCUCAUCGUUCAACAACUCCACCAUCGGCUUCUCGAGCACGUCCUCGUCGUUCAAAGACUCCUCCACCAUUAUCUUCACGAGUACGUUCGCCAUCACCAAAAGUUGAUCAACAUCAUCAAGCUAAAGAUUCUCGAUCACGUCCUCAUCGUUCAACAACUCCACCACCGCCGGCAUCUGCUCGAGUUCGCUCGCCAUCACCGAAAGUUGAACAGCAUCAAAUGAAAGAUUCUCGAUCACGUCAUCGUCGUUCAAAUACUCCACCAGUUUCUUCUUCUGCUGCUGCUCAUAUUCGUUCAUCAUCACCAGCAGUGGUUGAACAACAUGAAAUCAAUAGUUCUCAAAUACAACAUAAAAAUGAUGCAAAUCCAACACCAAUUCCAUCAACAAAACGACGUAAACGUUGGGAAAAUGAAGAAGAAUUUAAUGAACGACAAUCAAUAGCCCAAGCAGCACAACAUGUGAGUCUUGAAGAAGAAUUACGUAUGAUUGCCCAAACAAGUGCAGCCCAACUUGAACCAUCAAAUAAUUUUGUUAACAUUCCACAAGAAUCACAGAUACCGGCAGCUGUUAGUAAAUCGAAAUGGGAUGAUGAAGAUGAAAUAACAAUAAAGGAAAAAGUUAAUCCUCCAGAAAUAAUACCUAAUAUACCUGAAAAAAUUGAAAAAAUCAUUCAUAAACAACAAGAUAAAACAUCAUCAAGUAAUAAUCGACGAGAAAAAGAAUCAAGUCGUGAACGUGAACGUGAUCGUAAUCAACAUAGUCGUNUGCUUUCGAUCGAAUCGGAUCGGCUAGCUGAUAUUCUAGAGUAA